AUGGGCUGUAUCCAAAGCAUCACCUGCAAGGCGCGGAUCCGGCGCGAGAAUAUCGUGGUGUACGAUGUGUGCGCCACCAUCGACCAGUGCCCCACGCGCAUCGAGGAGACCUCGCCCAUCGUCCUGCGCUACAAGACCCCUUACUUCAAAGCCUCGGCCCGCGUGGUCAUGCCCCCCAUCCCCCGCCACGAGACCUGGGUGGUGGGCUGGAUCCAGGCGUGCAACCAGAUGGAGUUCUUCAACACCUACAGCGACCUGGGCAUGUAA